AUGCUCUCACCCGGUGAGCUGGGCGACAUCGAAGCGCAUCGGGCAAAGACGGCGGCGAAGGAAGAGGAAGGGGAAGAAGAAGACGGGGUCGCCGACACCACGCGCAGCGCCGCUCCUAUUCCCUCGCACGGCCACAGCAGCCUCGGAGAUACCGACGACGGUUCUGCUAUCCCGAAAAACUCGCCGACGAAAAGGAAGGUCGCGACAGGUUUCAAGGGCGAAGACGCAUCGGGCGACAAGCACAGCAAUAGAGAUCGUGGCGAUGAAACAGACGCCGCUGGUAGCGGGAAGGAAGUCGGAAUGAAGGAGGGGAAGAAGCAGAAGAAGAACAUUCGAAACGCUGGCGGGGAAGACGGCGGGGACGGGGACUUGGUGUGCGUGGAUGCGAAGGAGCACCGUCCCGGAAAGAAAGGGAUGUCGCUCAAUCCCUUCCAAUGGGAGAUAUUGAGAAGCGCGGCUGGGCAAAUUGACGCAAACAUCAGGCGACUGGCCUAUUAG